AUGGCCGAUCCACUACGUCGCCGUAUUCCACGCCUGGAUUCCGGGCAGCGUCGUAACUCCACGCUAUCUGACUCCAUCUCCGAAGCUCGCAACUCUAUCCGCUCUUCCACCGAUGGCCUCUUCCUUCCCCGCGUAGCCAAGGGAGAGGACCCUGCGACCGAGGAGUCGCACUGGCAUUCGGCACCGCUGGGCCUAGCGCUGCUGCCGGCCAUCGCUGGCGUCUUCUUUCAGAAUGGCAGUGUCUUUGUCACUGAUGUCACAUUGUUGAUUCUAGCUGCGGUUUUUCUAAAUUGGUCGGUCCGAUUACCAUGGGACUGGUAUCGCUCGGCCCAAGCCAUCCAGCGUGACACUAGGUUCGAGGCUCCCACCGAUCCCAUUGAAAUCGACCUAGAUGAGGCCGAUGAGACUAUCGAGACUAGUGAUAGUCACGAUAGUCCCCAGUUGGCUCAAUCCGGCCCCCAGAGCCACCACCUGCGUGCUUCGGCUGAGGCAAAAGCUGUCAAGGAACUCCAGAUCCAUGAAUUGGCUGCCCUGGCCGCAUGCUUCGUCUUUCCUCUGAUCGGCGCUUGGCUACUCCACGGCAUUCGAGGCACGUCCGAGGUCCGCCCCGUCGCCCACCUUCUAAAACUCGUACAAGCCCGUACGCUCCAUCUCCAGCGCGUCGUAGCAUCCGCCGACAAUGAAGUCGAGUCCGAGAAAGUUCAGGACCUCACCACCCGACUCGAAGAGCUAGAGGCCCAUGUCGCCAAGGCUGCCGCCGCCCGUCUCGAGUCGAGCUCGAAAGUUCACUCCCAGGAGACAGAUGCUCCGUCUCUCAUUACUCAGGCAGUCGUCGAGACUCGCCGAGCAGUUCAACCAGAUAUCGAAGCACUCAAUCGCGCCGUCCGCCGCUACGAGAAACGCACAGCUCUCACCAAUCACCAGGCCGAUAUGCGCUUCCAAGAACUCGAAAUGCAAGUCCACGACGCCAUUGCCCUAGCCGCUGCUGCGCAGCGCUCUAGUAUUUCUCGUCGCCAGAGCUACGCUUUCAUUCUGAUCGACUGGGCAUGCGCCUGCAUCGUCGUUCCUGUGCAACUCUUCCUCUCUAUCUUGAACCUCCCGGGCCGAGCAGCAAGUUGCUGUCUACUGAUAGUCAAACAAAUGAUAGGCGGUCACCGUCCAUCCCCGUUACGCUCCAGACCGAGCAAAGGGAAGACUAUAUCAAGACGUCGGAAUCACUCUCCCCAACCAUCUCGCGCCCCAAGUGUCUCACCCCUGGUGCAACAUAUUUCCAGUUCCCCGAACGGAAAACGCCGCAAGCCUCAAACCUUGCAGAGCAUCUAG